AAAAGGAACUCCUUAACUUCUCCCUUUCCUCAAUCAUCACCACCAUCAACACCAACACCAAAAAGCAGUAACAACAUAAUUUUAGCCGUGCCCUUCAACUGCAUGGAGCCAAAACCAGAAAACGGUGGCAGUGAUCCUAUGGAAACUCUGCCUGAGAUGUCCGACCCCCAGAACACAGCUGUCCUUGCCUACCCUGUACAAGCCAAUUCUCAAUCUGUUUAUCAACGCACCUUGUAUCCUAUAACUUUAAAGUUUGAGGAGGUGGUGUAUAAAGUGAAUUUGGAUCGGAAAGAAUCCUGUUGGGGUAGUUGGACCAGCAGAGAAAAAACCAUAUUGAAUGGGAUAACAGGUAUUGUUUCUCCAGGAGAGAUACUAGCAAUGUUAGGUCCAUCUGGGAGUGGCAAAACCACCCUCCUUACAGCUCUCGGAGGCCGUCUAAAUGGUAAAUUGUCUGGAAAGAUCACAUACAAUGGUCAGCCUUUUUCUGGUACCAUAAAAAGAAGAACAGGAUUUGUUGCUCAGGAUGAUGUUCUAUAUCCACAUCUCACUGUGACCGAAACUCUAUUUUUCACCGCACUCUUGAGGCUACCCAACAGCUUGACUCAGGAGGAAAAAGCACAGCAUGUGGAAAAUGUUAUCACUGAGCUGGGAUUGACUAGGUGCCGGAACAGCAUGAUAGGGGGGCCACUCUUUAGAGGAAUAUCAGGUGGAGAAAAGAAGAGGGUGAGUAUAGGUCAGGAAAUGCUAAUUAAUCCAAGCCUACUAUUGCUAGAUGAGCCAACCUCGGGCUUGGACUCAACCACAGCUCAACGCAUCCUGAACACAGUCAAAAAGCUUGCCAGUGGGGGUAGAACUGUGGUCACCACCAUUCACCAGCCCUCAAGCAGGCUGUACCACAUGUUUGAUAAGGUAGUCUUACUCUCUGAGGGGUCCCCCAUCUAUUAUGGUCCUGCUUCUACGGCCUUGGAAUAUUUUUCCUCAAUCAACUUUUCCACAUCUAUGACCGUCAAUCCAGCUGAUCUCUUACUUGAUCUUGCUAACGGAAUCGCCCCUGAUUCCAAGCAAGCAACUGAGCAAGGUGAGAAUGCAGAACGAGAACAGAAGUUGGUCAAGGAAACCCUGAUUUCAGCCUAUGACAAGAACAUUUCUACAAGGUUGAAAGCCGAGCUUUGCGAUGCCAACAACUACAAUUAUGCAAGAGAUGGUUCUAAAAGACAUGAUAUGAAAUCAGAGCAAUGGUGUACAAGCUGGUGGCAUCAGUUCAAGGUACUGCUCCAGAGGGGCCUAAGGGAGAGGAGGUUUGAAGCCUUCAACCGGCUCAGGAUUUUCCAAGUUAUAAGUGUUGCCGUACUUGGUGGACUCUUAUGGUGGCACACCCCAACAUCUCACAUUGAAGACCGCAUUGCAUUGCUCUUCUUCUUCUCUGUAUUCUGGGGAUUUUACCCACUCUACAAUGCAGUUUUCACAUUUCCCCAAGAAAGAAGAAUGCUAAUCAAGGAACGAUCAUCAGGAAUGUAUCACCUGUCUUCCUACUUCCUAGCCAGAACAGUUGGAGACCUGCCACUGGAGCUUGCGCUCCCAACUGCGUUUGUUUGCAUUAUCUAUUGGAUGGGUGGACUUAAACCCGAACCAGCGACUUUUAUUUUUUCACUACUAGUUGUUCUCUACGCAGUCCUUGUCUCCCAAAGUCUUGGCUUAGCCAUUGGUGCAAUUCUUAUGGACAUAAAACAAGCCACUACUUUAGCUUCUGUGACAACCCUUGUUUUCCUCAUAGCAGGAGGAUACUAUGUUCAACAAAUUCCUCCUUUCAUAGUCUGGCUCAAGUACUUAAGCUAUAGCUACUACUGUUACAAGCUUCUUCUUGGGGUUCAAUACAAUGAGGAUGACUAUUAUGAGUGCUCAAAAGGAGUGAUGUGCCGAGUUGGAGAUUUCCCUGCAGUCAAAUCUAUGGGUCUGAACCAUUUAUGGGUAGACGUGGCCAUCAUGGGCCUAAUGUUGGUGGGUUAUCGACUUGUUGCUUAUUUAGCACUGCAUCGAGUGCGGUUGAGAUAAAUUCCAUAAGAGUCCCAUGUCAUCAACACGAGAGAUCCAAGAGUUUUCUCCUUCUUCAACUGAGGAAUAAUGAAUCAAUGAUAAAUGCUUAGGUUUUAGAUGGUGA